AUGGGCUGGCCCCGUGCCCCGUGCCCCGUGCCCCGUGCCCCUGUGCCCCGUGCCCUGUACCCUGUGCCCCGUGCCCCAUGCCCUGUACCCUGUGCCCCGUGCCCCGUGCCCCGUGCCCCAUGCCCCGUGCCCCAUGCCCCGUGCCCCAUGCCCUGUGCCCCGUGCCCCAUGCCCCAUGCCCUGUACCCUGUGCCCCAUGCCCCAUGCCCCGUGCCCCAUGCCCUGUGCCCCGUGCCCCGUGCCCCGUGCCCCAUGCCCCGUGCCCCAUGCCCUGUGCCCCGUGCCCCAUGCCCCAUGCCUUGUACCCUGUGCCCCAUGCCCCGUGCCCCGUGCCCCGUGCCCCAUGCCCUGUACCCUGUGCCCCAUGCUCCAUGCCCAAUGCCCUGUGCCCCGUGCCCCAUGCUCCAUGCCCCAUGCUCUGUGCCCCAUGCCCUGUACCCUGUGUCCCAUGCCCCAUGCCCCACGCCCCAUGCCCUGUGCCCCAUGCCCUGUACCCUGUGCCCCAUGCCCCAUGCUCCAUGCCCCAUGCCCUGUGCCCCAUGCCCCGUGCUCCGUGCCCCAUGCCCCAUGACCUGUACCCUGUGCCCCGUGCCCCAUGCCCCGUGCCCCGUGCCUCAUGCCCCAUGCUCCAUGCCCAAUGCCCUGUACCCUGUGCCCCAUGCCCCGUGCUCCGUGCCCCAUGCCCCAUGCUCCAUGCCCAAUGCCCUGUGCCCCAUGCCCCAUGCUCCGUGCCCCAUGCCCUGUACCCUGUGCCCCGUGCCCCUUGCCCCAUGCCCCAUGCCCCAUGCCCCGUGCUCUGUGCCCCAUGCCCUGUACCCUGUGUCCCGUGCCCCAUGCCCCAUGCUCCAUGCCCCAUGCCCUGUGCCCCAUGCCCCGUGCUCCGUGCCCCAUGCCCCAUGCCCUGUACCCUGUGCCCCGUGCCCCAUGCCCCAUGCCCUGUGCCUCACGCCCCGUGCUCUGUGCCCCAUGCCCUGUACCCUGUGUCCCGUGCCCCAUGCCCCAUGCCCUGUGCCCCAUGCCCCGUGCUCCGUGCCCCAUGCCCUGUCCUACCUAGAGUUGAGUACUAUCCUUCACGAAUACUGCUAUGCUCCUGGCUUGGCAACUAUUAUCUUCAGCAGAGCAACCUUAGCUACCUGCCCCUUGUGA